AUGGCCACUACUGUACUCAAGUUACCGGACGAACUAUUGCUCAAUAUUGCCCUCCAACCCGGUUUUCCAGAAGGCGCGAUCGUUCCAUCUCUUCGAGCUCUGUCUCUCACCUGUCGUCAUCUCCGUCCCAUUGCGCAGGAGGCUCUCAUUCGGACUGCAACAGUAUCCAUAGAACACAUCUGGAGACUUUCCGAACUCUUGGGAACGCAACCUAGUCUAGCCAGUGACAGAUGCGAUGCGAUGAUGAUAGCAUAUUCGCGAGGGCCAGCUCUAGCCGAACAAUGCUAUCAGACUUUCUGCUCAAUCACAAAGGAUGUACGUUCGCUGUUCAAUUUCGAAAAGCGGAUGAAGAACAGCUCCUUGAGGGAGGAAGACUUUUAUUCGAUUGGAUUGUUGGCGGUCAUCGCUCAAUCGCCAGGUAUCAGAAAGCUCUCUUUGGGCAGCAAUUUUCUGGACCUUUUGCCCAUGGUCACGGGCGUUCUUGAUCACGAAAGGUUUCUCUCCGAGAUCUUGAUUUCCGAGUCGUAUCAGCAAGCCCAGGCUUCACUCGAGGCGCGUCUUGAAGACCUUGAAGUUAUAUAUGAGCAGCCGAUUUACAACCUGUCUGGCACUCGUUUGCUCUCGAUCAAUGACGUGAGUUGCCUAGAACAGCUCAACCUAAGGCGGUUCAAGCACCUAAAGCACGUUGUAAUCCCCUUUGCAUAUCUAGCCGACGAGGGUAUGCGACAGGCAUCUCUUGAUUACUACUUCUUUCCCUCGAUCCAUGGAACGGACUUCAGCACUAUCUUACCGCCGAGUCUAGAAUCAGUAAUGUUCAGUUUCGACGAUACACACAAAAUGAUGGACACCCUUUGGUUCGACAACCUGAUCCUGAGUACUACUGUCUUCCCUUGCUUAGAGCGCGUUGGAUUUCAGUUCGAACUCAAUGUCUUGUCGACGGCAUGGUUAUUGUGUAGUCGAAACUCUCGAUUCGGGCAACAGCAACUUGACGGGUUUCGGAAGUGGAGCGCUUCCAAAGUCGCUGUCAGAACGACUUUUGGUGCUGCCAAAUUUGCGGAUUCCUUCAGGGGUAAAGCGCGGGUCAAAUCUGACGUUUACGUGGAGGGAGAUAUAAUCGAGGCUAUUGAGCGCAGUCUUGCGACCACUCAUCUGCAGCUUGAACAGGAUCCAGAGCUGAUGGAGGAGUUGGGCUACAAGAUUCUAACGUAA